ACUUUCUUGGCCUAGAAGUUGGUGGGAAGUUCAAAAGGCUCUCUUGAGGCGUUGGUGGCUUUCGUGCUGAGCUUUGAUACGCCAUUUUUUGUGUCAAGGGGGUCCAGCUGAGCUUCGAAACAGGCGACUAGGCGGAGCGAUUGGUUGAAUUAUUCUUUUGAUAUUGAAAGGUUCUAAGUUUAGAUUUCGAAAAGGAACGACAAUCGGGUUUGUGCUUCAUGUUAUCAAUAAUUCCCGUUUUGUUCCACCUGUGCCCCUCAGCUGGUGGUUCCGGGGUCAAAAAUACAAAAUGAUGGUUGCACCCCCAACGGAUUGCUCAGCAAGAGGGGAUACCAUCAUAUACCGCACCAGACUUUGGUACGAAAGAUUUGAGGACUUCGCCGAGUCUCAAAAUCGCAACCGAUAGAAUGGCUCUCCCGCCAGCGGGAGCACCUAUGGACAUGUCUCUACCAGAAGGCUACAAAGCUCAUUGGAACACACAAUACAAUGCAUGGUAAAUUUAGUCCAAAGGGAGCAAUAACGGUGAUGCUUAUAGAACUUCUAGGUUUUACGAAAAUGUAUUUACGGGAGCUUCUGUCUGGGAAAAGCCCACUCAACCCGCGCCCCAAGCUCGCCCACAACCUAAGGGACCACCUCCCGGAUAUCAAGCAGUACAGAUUGAGAACAAAGGAAACGACCAGGCUUCUUUACAUACAGCGAUGGCAUCGAUAUCCCUAGGCUCAACUCAAAAUACAACACAACAGCAGCAGCCAGCAUAUGUACCAGUUGCCCAGCAACCUCAGAUAUACAAUCCUUAUCCAUCGCCAGGAGACAACCCGCAGCCUUUUCAGCAGCAGCACCAAAGCCAGCAAGUACUGGCAUAUAACCCAUACCCAUCACCAGGAGUAUCUCAAUCAGGCCAGCCACAGGCGUAUAAUCCAUACCCUUCUCCAGGAGCUACUUCAACACCAGUGCAAUAUCAGCCUAGUCAACAAUCCCCACAACACUCAGCCCAGCAAGCUUACAAUCCCUAUCCAUCUCCAGGAGCUGCUGUUCCCUCACCAGUCUCACAGCAAUCAUACUUAUACCCACAACAACCAAACACCCAAGCAGCACCCUCCCUAAAUCCAGCUUCCCAGCAGUCACCAUAUGUAACCCAGCAACCUUAUAAUCCGACCCAAUCCAUAGCUCCCAAUUCUCAGGCCUAUAUUCAACCGCAAUCACCAUCUUCUGGUGCCAAUGCUCCAGGCCCAACGUCCACCUCUCAGCCUGAGAUAUCUUCCAUAGAUCCGACAGACGGGACCAAAGGCUUCUUCUCGCCAAUUCAACAACAGAGUACUCAGCCUGGAUAUAUAAACCACCAAACCCAUCAGUCACCCUUAACAACCGGGGGAUAUCCAACACCGGCUUUCACGCCUUACAGCCAACAGCAGCCUCAAUACGGUCAACCUCCACAAGCUCCACAACAACAAUAUGCACAAAAUACAGUGUAUAAUCCACAAAACCAGCAAACUUCGCAAACCCAAUAUCCUCAGCAGCAAGUCUACAGUCAACCAGUAUUCAGCCAACAGCCGCCUCAACAGCAAAUAUACGGACAACCUUUGCCUGCAGCACAAGGGGCACCUGCCCAAAAUAACGCUCCCGCAGCAGCAAAAGCAGGUUUGAUGAGAAUGCUUGGAGGGGGAGUACUAGGAGGACUGGCCGCCAAAGCAGCUGGCGGAAAGACACCCUCUCACCCGCAAGUCUCUACACCAGCUGUUCACGGAACACCUCAACCCGGAUACGGACAGCAACCAGCAUACAAUGCCACCGCUCAGCCAGGCUACGGGGCACCAGCACCAGCAGCAGCACCCGCUGCAAAUCCAGAAAAGAAGUCUAAUGCUGGGGCUUUGGCUUUACUUGGUGGCGGGGCGGGACUUCUUGCUGGUGGUGCUUUGGUUACUGGGUUGAUGAGUGGGCAUAAGAAGAAGAAGAAGAAGAAGAAGAAGCACGGUGAUCAUGGGGGCGGACAUGGAGAGGAAGGAGAGUAUUAUGAGGAAGAAGAGUAUGAGACCGGUGAGGUUGAGGAAGUUGAGGCGGAUGGAGGGGGAUGGGGGUUCGACCUUUUUGAGUAGUCUGUCCAACAGUGG